UCAAACGGUAGUAGCUCUGCGUCAGUCAUUCGGUCCCGUGGACAAAAACCCCUCCGUGUAUCGGUCCCGGGUUUUUUUUCUUUUUCGUGAAAUUACGGUCCUUUCGUUGCAGUGCCCUGUUCUCCGCGUAAAGUUCCGGAAGCAGAAGUACCUUAAUCCGGUGUGUGUUUCGUCUACCGAGGAAGCGAAAAAGAAAGUGGGAAAAGCUCCGUAAAAUUCCGUAUUUCCAUGCCAUCGGCUGCAGUUGAGGGUUCCGGAGGACGUGAUCGGUGAGAUCGGAUCAUCACCCAGCCCCCCCAAAAUGGAUCGAUGAUGGUGGUGACGGAACGAGUUCGAUGAAAUUCCUGCUUGGUUUCUCCCUGUUGUGCAUGGCUAGGACCUGUGUUGCCUAGUCUAGAGUCGUACGUGUAGGAUAGAGAGAGUGUUUGUGCCCCCCCAAGAAGUGUUCAAGAGCAAGUAUUAACUGUGUGGAAAAAUAAUCCAGUGACCUAGUGAAAAAUACCUCAACAACCCGAGUUUCUCAAGCGGUGAACAGUCGCCCGGAAGUCCUUUUACUGUAUUUGAGUUGAGAGUGUAGAAGCAGCAGCAGCAGAAUGUCCAAGAAACCGACGGCGGGGCCGGCGCUCCACAAGGUCAUCAUGGUGGGCAGCGGUGGCGUUGGCAAGUCCGCACUCACACUGCAGUUCAUGUACGACGAGUUCGUGGAGGAUUACGAGCCCACCAAGGCGGACAGUUAUCGGAAAAAGGUGGUCCUGGACGGCGAGGAGGUACAGAUCGAUAUCCUGGACACGGCGGGCCAGGAGGACUACGCGGCCAUCCGUGACAACUACUUCCGCAGCGGUGAAGGGUUCCUGUGCGUGUUUUCAAUCACCGAAGACGACAGCUUUCAGGCGACACAAGAAUUUCGGGAACAGAUAUUGCGUGUGAAAAACGACGAGAAUAUCCCGUUCCUGCUGGUGGGCAAUAAGUGCGACCUGAACGACAAGCGGAAAGUGCCGCUGGCCGAGUGCCAGGGCCGUGCGCAGCAGUGGGGUGUGCCAUACGUCGAAACGUCGGCGAAGACGCGCGAGAACGUGGACAAGGUAUUCUUCGACUUGAUGCGCGAGAUUCGCUCGCGAAAAACGGAAGACUCCAAAACGACCAACGGGCGCGCCAAAGACAAGUCGAAACGAAGGAAAAUCAAGUGCACGCUGAUAUAGAGAGGGCGACACACACACACGAACACACAUAUGCAACACAACACACAUACACACGCGGAUGAAAGCGACGCAAGAGCAACAGAACAAAAUACAUACACAUACAAAUACACGCGCCCCCAUUCGGAGUUACAUCUCUCGUUUCUUUUUUUUAAUUAAAACUUUACGUUUAAGCUGUAUCAUUUUUGAUUACGAGUAGAACCGGAUUGGAUGUAAGUCAGAGCGAAUAGGAUCCCUAAAUCUUAUGGAUUUUUUUAUGUUAGUUAAAAAUUAUCUAAAUGAUACGCGAAGGAAUAAAAUUAAUAAAAAAAUAAACAUUAUUUAGUCUUAGCUAAACCGCUGCUUUUGUCGCUGUUUAUUUUAUUGUUUUGUCAUAUGGCUUUGUACACAACUCGUUUGAUUUGCCCUUUUAACCCCGUAUGAUGCGCUUGUUUGAAAAAUGCUGGAAUAAUACAAAUUUACGAAUUAAAGCUAUGCUGCGCUCAAAACAUCAAAGAAAGCGUCAAAAUUUACGAUAUCCGACAGAGAGCAAAACAAUUUCUCUCCGAGAGAAUCUCUCUCCCAUAUUUUUUCGCAUUCUCUCUUCUGUUGAAGUUCUGCGCGAGCAUAAAUCUGCGUCGCGAGAGAAUACGCUACAAGGAGAGUGUGAUGAAACGGAUGCGAUUUUGAUGGAUGUCGUAAAUUUUGACUAAGGUUGAAAUUGUUUGACCACAUUUUGAAGUGAAGUGAGUGUGUUUGUAUAUGUUUGCUCAAAUUUCAUCAGAGUCGUUGUCGUUUGGAUUGUACCCAUCAUAGCAUAAUCUUACGUUUCUUCAUCAUUUUUUUUAAACUCUUCUGUUUUGUUGGAAACAAUGUCCUCUGCACACACACAAACGCCUCGUAGAUUUUCUACGAUCUCAUUCGGGACAUUUCGAAUCGCAAGAAAAAGAGCCAGGAAACGGUCCAGCAGCCGAAGCGAGAGACGCGCCGAUGCUGCCAGCUUCUGUAGACGCGCCGAUGCCACCCUCCCGCCCAGGAAUGUCGUCCCUCAAGAGAUACUCAAAAAAAUUGCGCUGAUUUAUAAAACUAUUUUGCUAGCCUCUCCAGUGUUUCUCGUGUAAGCAAUAAUAAAACCUUUGAAUCCUACAUGUGACGUAAUCCAGAUUGUUUUUAUCAGUUUCUAUAUUAUGAAGAUAGUCGUUGUACAAAAUUGUAUCGGAAAAAGGGGAGAAAUCAGCUUUUAAAUGCUUGUAUUUUUAGUUUCUCGCAACAACAACAAAAAUAUCCACAAACAAACAUUAGUAGUCGAAAAUAAUACCCAGAAACACUCACACCACAGUCAUUCAGCAAGUACUAUAAAUCAACAACUAUUGAAACAACACAUUUCGCCAGCGAUAUUACAAAAGCAAACAAGCAAAACAAAAACAAAACAAACAGUGUGGUAAGGUAAGAAUGGAAAGAGCAAACUAAACAAAAUGAGAGUUAAGUUUUUAUUUUCAAGCUGAAAUCCACUGGCGGAAGCUGGUUGGAAAAAUAAACAAUCUCUUCAGAAAUAAAAACAAAAAUAAAGACUACAAUUACAGUAAAA